UCGAUGCCCGCGAAGAUAAACACUUACCCGGCCGUCAAGCCACACUUUGCUGCCCCAGCCUCACCGGGCCCUGCACCGCCACCUCGCCUGGUGAACACCGUCGGUCUGCGUUCUAUCAGCUGUGGGCCAGGAACAAGUGAAGAAGAUAGAGAACUGUUCUGCUACCGACUUAAGACUACUGCGAUGGUGUAUUCAUACAGCGUGUGCUCGUAGACUGUUCAUUCGCCCGCGCUCGAGGCUGUCUGCGGCGGCGAUUGAGUCAAUCCGCAAACUCAAUUCAUUCAUUAUCGCCUCGAUAACGCGGGCCCCAGACCACACCUCCUCCCCCUUCCCGCUCUUUCCUCUUCCCUCCCUCUCUGCACACGCACACACUCUCUAGAAACAGAAAUGUCAGGAGUCGCAAUCUACAAAUCCACCACCGCGCACCCCGGCGACGUCUCCGGCUACAAGCAGCUCCCCGCGUCCUGCAAGCCCGAGGACCUCGUCGCCGUCAUUGGCAAGACCGAGGGCAACGGCUGCGUCAACGAUUUCACCCGCAUGCUCUCCUCCACCGUCUGGGACCCUCUGCUCGAGUCCUCGCACGGCAUCUCUGUCUUCUCCGGCGGCACCGAAGGCGUUCUCUCGCCGCACGUCUCCCUCGUCGUCAAGGAAGCCGACCACCUCAACCCGGACGGCUCAAAGAAGUACGACGAAGGCCUCGUCGCCAAAGUCGGCGGCACGCGCGACUUCGAGCCCUGGGAGAUGGGCACGGACGUGCAGGCAAAGGUCACGGCCGAGACAGUCAAGAGCCUGAUGGCCGAGCUCGAAGUCGGCCCGGACGACGUGCACAUGGUCCUCGUCAAGUGCCCGCUGCUGACGACCGCCAAAGUCGUCGCGAGCGCAAAACCCUGCGUGACGGUCGACACCUACAAGUCGAUGGGCUACUCUCGUCUCGCGACCGCGGUCGGCAUCGCGCUCGCGCUCGGCGAGGUUGCCGAGGACGGCAUCGCGACCGCGCUCGACUCGUACGGCGAGGUCGGCUGGUCCUCGCGCGCGUCGUGCUCGUCCGGCGCUGAGCUCGAGAACUGCCACGUCGUCGUGCUCGCGAGCUCAAAGAAAGCGAGCAAUCCGUACCGCGCGCUGCACGGAUACAUGGCCGACGCAAUCGAUCUCAAAGUGCUUCUCGAUCUCACGGGCAAGAUCCCCGAGGGCGCCGAGCGCACGCAGAUCUUUGUCAAGGCCGAGCCGUCGACGGAUGGCGUCGUUCGCGGGAAGAGACAUACGAUGAUGACGGAUAGUGAUAUCCAGGGCACCAGACAUGCGCGGGCGGCCGUCGGGGGCCUUGUCGCGGGUGUGUGGGGAGAGACUGAUGUCUAUGUCAGCGGCGGUGCUGAGGGACAGGGGCCAAUGGGCGGCGGCAGUGUCUGUGUUGUGUAUAAGGUCUAGUUGAUCAGAAUGUAAUGAAUCUAUGACUGAUGAGUUAUGUAGAGGUUGUGAUAGUAGUUGUAAGUGAAGGGAAGCAGAUUUCCGUUUUGGGCGUAUCCUCGCACAAUACUCGAUACCCACCACGCACCCACACCGCGUUCACAGCAUCCAUCACUCAAGAUCAACCAUGCAGGACCAGCAGCUGGAUCCUAUGCAGCUUGCAGUCGUGAGUGUUUUACGAUCACUGUCAGAUCUCAUAGCUGCUAACACUCCCUUCUCUGAUACAGGCCAUAGCCUUUGUCAAGAGUAAACCAAAGUACACCUCAGUCCGGGACUUCCGCUUGCAGAUACUCUCGCGGAUCCUGACCCCGGUGGACUACUGGCGAGCGCGAUACGAGGAUCUGCGAGAAGAACUGAGCGAUGUGCGUAGUAGAGACAAAGAGCUGGAUACCGCC